AUGGAAAUAUUUUCGGGCCUUCAAGAAGAUUUAGGGAUGGAAUGUCUGGUAAGGAUUCCAUACAGAUUUCACCCAAAUCUUAGGGCCGUCUGCAAGAGCUGGAACCUUCUACUCAGCUCUGCAAUCUUCUUUAAUGAGCGACAGCGGCGUGGGGAAUGCGAGGAGGGAAUAGUUUCUCUUCAUAAAUCCCCACAAACUGAAAGCGACUUCGACGUAAUUAUUUGCUACCCGCUUGGGCGCUUUCUGGAAAGGUUGCCUCAAAUCCCCAAACAAUUUCAGCUCGAAUACACAGCCUAUCAUCGUUGUGUGUUCGUUAGAUCCAAACACCAGCUGGUCAUAAUGGGGCUUCUCAACCGCCGCAGCGACAGAGAAGGUGUGUUGAUAUUUGAUUUUUUAUCUCACAAAUGGCGGGUGGGCGCCGACAUGCCAUGCAGCCGAUGUUACUUUGCAUGCGCAGCAUCAACAACUGAACCACUCGUCUAUAUUGCCGGCGGCUGCAAGAGGCCAUUCAAGCGGGGUUUCAGUCGCCCUCUUCCAGAAGCUUUUGUUUACAAUGUAGAGAAAAACAAGUGGGACUUUCUUCCUGCUAUGAAUUCCGUUCCCCUGCUUGAUCUCUGCGUUGGUGCUUUUCUUGAUGAUAAGUUUUAUGUAGUCCCACGUCAAAGCCAAAGAGGACAGGUUUAUGAUCCUAAAACUCGACUAUGGACAAACAUAAAUACUGACAGUAAUGCUCAGUAUGUUCACAGCUGUGUAGCUGCUUGUCGGGGGCUUUGGUGGUUCACCUGGAAGGAAUGCAUAAGGGGCUGGAUAAAUGUACAGGAAUUCGAUAAUGACAGCAACAAAAGAAGCCGAACGGAUUAUGGGCAAUUUUCUGCGGAGCUUCCAGACUUUUACACUGGUUUCGUUCACGGUAUCGUGCCCUACAAUGGUGGGUUUUUCUUAAGUGCCGUUGAUCCCACUUGCGGUGUUGAGUAUUUUAGUUUCAAGGCCCGGGUAGAGAAUUAUAGAUGGUGUAUGAUCGGGGCAGAGAAUAGCCGUUUCAUAUUUUCAUCUGAUUCUGUCCAAAUUUGA